AUGAGCGACGACGUGUCGAAUCUUGAGGACAUCCUCGUGGACGAGGAGUACUUAAACAAUGCUAAUAACAGCGAACUGGCGCGCGAUCGACCUUUAAGGCCUGCUCCGCCGUCUUCUUUAAGUCCACACGAGUCCAGGCGUGCCAGUAUCGACGCAUACGACGCGCGAGAAGACCAUUUCGGACGCGAUAACGAAGAAAACGAAGAGGACGAUGGACAGGACGUUCCGCAAGAUAGCGAAGAUGUUCGAGAGGACUCCGUACCAUGCGAGGAAGACGACGAGGACGCUCCGCCACAGCUACGCUCUCGUAACAGAUUAGGUGAGGCCAGGACGCCCUCCGAACUCCACGCAGCUUCACGGUCUCCGCCGCGGUCCAUGUCGCUUGGAGGAUUUACAGUUGACGAUGAGGAUGUAAUGGAGAUGAAUGCGCGAGAGCAGGAACUGCUUGUGAACAUCCAGGAGCUACAGCGUCAGCUGUCGAUGGUACAGAUCCAGACCGACAAACCCCAAGAGGAGAUCGUUCCGCCCAUGAUGGAUGCCAGACACAGGUUAAUUAUGGUGUCGAAUCGUCUCCCAAUUUCGUUCCAACGCAAUGAAAAUACAGGGGAAUGGAGCUUCACCAUGAGCUCAGGGGGAUUAGUGACGGCGUUAAACGGUAUUCGAGAUCAAGUGCCGUUUAUAUGGAUCGGCUGGCUGGGGGAGGAGAUUCCGCAUGAUGAGCAGAGCAAAGUGAGGGAAAAGCUGGCUCGAGAAUUCAACUGCGUGCCUGUGUUCUUGUCCAAGGAGAUCGCUGCGAGGUACUACAACGAUUUUAGCAACGAUAUCUUGUGGCCAAUCUUUCACUAUGUGCCACUACCGCUUUUUCGUCCUGGGAGUGAGAAGAAAUUUGAUUUCAGACAAUGGGAUGCGUACAAACUGGCCAACAAACGCUUCGCACAGGCUGUGAAUCAAGUUUAUCGAGAGGGAGACUUUGUGUGGGUGCACGACUAUCAUUUAAUGAUGCUGCCGUCACUGCUACGAGCCCGCCAUCCACAGUGCAAGGUCGGCUGGUUCCUUCAUACUCCAUUCCCCACUGCGGAGAUGUAUCGUAUGUUGCCAGUGGGGAGAGAGAUUUUGGAGGGUUUACUUGGUGCUGACCUUCUAGGAUUUCACACGUACGACUACGCUCGCCAUUUCAUUGCGGCUUGUGCUCGUGUGCCUGGUGCUUCCACAUCUCCUAAGGGCGUCGAACUUGGCGAUCAUUUUUCAGCUAUUGGCGUGUUUCCUAUCGGUAUUGAUCCCGAACAUUUUGAAGAUAUCCUGAACUCGGAAGCCACACAGAAACGUAUUCAGGAACUCACUAUGAAAUUUGCUGGCUGUAAGAUUAUCAUUGGCGUUGACCGCAUGGACUACAUCAAGGGGAUUCCGCACAAGUUGCUAGCGAUGGAGCGCUUUCUUUCUCUAUAUCCCGAACGAUGCAAAGAUGUGGUUCUCAUCCAGAUCGGUGUACCAUCACGUACUGGUGUGCAGGAAUAUCAACAUCUUGCUGCAAGUGUGAAUGAAAUGGUGGGGCGGAUCAACGGUCGCUUUGGAACACUAACGCACUCUCCUGUGCAUUAUAUCCAUCGCUCCGUGACCCCCAGUGAGCUCGUAGCACUGUACAACUUGGCUGAUGUCUGUCUGGUGACGUCUAUUCGCGACGGUAUGAACCUUGUGAGUCACGAGUAUGUCAUGUGUCAGAGUCAAUCGUGUGAGCCACAUCGCGAAGGACCAGGAGUUCUCAUUUUGAGCGAGUUUGCUGGCAGCGCACAGUCGCUAUCGGGCGCUAUCCGUGUGAAUCCGUGGAAUACAACUGACAUGGCGAAUGCACUUAGCUAUGCACUGGAGCUCCCGCUAAUGGAGCGUGAGUAUCGGCAAAGAAACCUUUACCGUUACGUGAAGACACACACUGCGAGUUUCUGGGGCAAAAGUUUCUUAACCGAUUUGGAGGAUGCAGUGUCGAGACCAAGAGCUGUAGUGAAAAAGCUAGUGAGACUACCGACCAUCGAAGUGCUCGGUGCUUACACACGAAGCUGCCACAGGCUGUUGGUGCUUGACUACGAAGGAACUUUGUUCGAUGACCUGACGGCUGGACCAUCACAGCAACGUGGCAGCGUGGCCCCGCCCAAACCGUUUGUCAAGCGUCUUAUUGACGCUCUCGCCAAUGAUCCAAAGAAUACAGUGGUGCUGGUUAGCUCUCAUGAACGAAAUGUGAUCGGAAGUUGGCUUACGGAUCGUCGAGUGGGAGUCGUGGCAGAGUCAGGGUACUUCUACCGGUUACCUAAUGAAGAUGAAUGGCAAGUUAUGACGGAAGACACUGAUCCAUCGUGGAAGAAAGUGGUGCGUCCAAUCAUGCAGUAUUUCACGGAACGUACGCCUGGGAGUCGAAUUGAAAGCAAGGAGAGCUCACUUGCCUGGCAUUAUGGCGAGACAGAUCCAAUUUUUGGUCCGAUGCAGGCGCGCGAUAUGCAGGUGAACCUGGAAGAUGUACUGUGCAAUCUGCCGCUUGAGGUGGUUCAAGGUACCAAUCGCGUGGAAGUUCGCUUGCAGGGAGUGACGAAGACGUUGCUGCUUGAUGAGAUUUUUAAGCAGUUCCAACUGGAUAGCGUACCUAGUUCACCUUCGUGUAGGCGUGAGGGUCUGUCACCGAGACAGAGUCGUCGACGGCGGCCACCUUCACCUCAGCUUGACUUUGUCUUCUAUGCUGGCAAUGGCGUGGAGGACGAUGAGUUGUUCUUGUAUUUCAAGGAGCACACGGAAUUGGCCAGGAAAGAAGAGGAAACGUGUCAACCAGGUACUGCACCAACGAAUGCAGGCAGUGAUGUGCUCCCGCCUCUAUCAUUGCCAGACGCGAGUAACCUUCCAGCAGACUCAGUCUCUGCGCUGUCGAAGCGUGCCGAUGUGUUCACGUGUCAUAUUGGUGGCACCAAGACAGAGGCCAUGUUCCACCUGGAGCGUCCUUCGGAUCUCGCAAGAAUGCUUCGAAGUAUGACGUGA